AUGGAUGCAAAAACAAUUCACGAAGAACUCAUAGCAGCAUUGGGACCUAACGCUCCAUUAUAUCGAAUAGUUGCUGGAUGGACACAGCGCUUUCAUGAAGGAAGAGAAGAUGUCAAUGAUGAUCUUCGAUCUGGUCGUCCGGUAUCUGAGCUGACAGAUGAAAAUGUCGAAAUGAUUCGACAGAUUAUCAACAACGAUCCACAUUCAACUUAUGACGAAAUUACGGCUGAGACAUUUCUCUCUUAUGGUACAAUAGAACGAAUUAUCAACGACUGCCUGAAAAUGACACAUUGUUGUCGUGUUCCGCCCUGUUUGACAUCAUUCAUAUAUGACGUUCACUGA